ACAUCAUUCAGGUAAAGACCACAAGAAUGCUUAUCAAAAGAGAGGAAGCAAAAGCAAAAUAAAAUUAAAACCAAGUAAAAUAAGAGCUUUUACUAAUGGAAUGGCAUGUGUUGAGACCUUCAAUUGCAUGCACAAUUGCUCAAAAAGAACAAGAAGCAAGUAAUCCCGUCGACCAAAACUAAGUUAAAAGCAAAUCAAUCACCUUGAACCUACCACUAAAAAAGCAGAUGGUACUAAAUUGUACAAGUAACUAGAGUCGAAAUAAACCAUCCAGGCACAUUAAACAUAAAAAAAACCCUAACAGCAAAUUGAUCUUUUGAAUUUCAUUCAACCUUGUAAUGCAUGCUCAACAGCCAACCUCCAACGGUGAGCCGACACAUUAAACUCCAGAGCCCACUGUUCCAUCCACUUCAGACGGAUGAUUCAUUCAGCUCAAUUAAUGAGUUUGCAUAUAGGCAAAUACAAUUAAGUUAGCUAGACAGACGCAUGUUCAGAUGUUCUUCUCCCAUCAUUCCAUAACUCAGCAACAAACCCCGUUAUCACUAAUAAACAGGAAAACUUAGCAAUGAUAGACUUGGUCAAAUAAGGUCCAUCAUCUGCUGGUGCUAUAAUUUUAACAUAAUAUAGAUCCAUAUUUAUUGUCAUUAAAUUUAAAAAAGAAAACCAGUGAUGUACCAAUACGUUUCCCAUCUCAAGGUAUCUGUCCUCAUGAGUUCCAUAUUUGGGGUUCAUUUUUCUAUUCUGAGCUUGCUGUUUAUCAGUUACUUGACUGCUUCCAAUGGAGGGGGUUGUUUGCAUAUCGAGUGGAAAGCUCUGCUUCAGUUCAAGAACGGUCUCAUUGAUCCGAAGAACUUGUUAUUUUCUAGGCAGGGUCAUGAUUGCUGCAGAUGGAUGGGUAUAGCUUGUGAUAAUCAAACAGGAGCUGUUCUCAGUAUCAAUUUAUAUAAUGAGCAUGCAUAUCAAAACGGUCCUGAUUGGGCGAUAAGUGGGAAAAUCGAUUCUUCUCUCCUCCAACUCAAGUGUUUGAUGUCACUAGACUUGAGCUACAAUGACUUCGGAGGCAUUGCAAUUCCAGGAUUUAUUGGCUCUCUCAAGCAUUUGGUACACUUGAAGCUCGCUUUUGCCGGUUUCUCUGGUUCCAUUCCUUCUCAACUGGGAAAUCUUUCUAGCUUGCAGUUUCUUGAUCUUAUGGGGAAUGAGCUACAUCUGGUUAAUGACUUGGAAUGGAUAUCACAGCUUUCUUCUCUGAGUCACUUAGUGAUAACUGGAGCCAAUCUAUCAACUUGGGGAACUCAAUGGUUUAAGCAUCUCAAUAGUCUGUCUUCUCUGACAAAGUUGGUUCUUUCUACAUGCUCUCUUUCUGGGAUACCAGCGUCUCUUCCUUUUGUCAACUUCACCAAACUUCAAGUGCUUGACCUUUCACUGAAUCAUCUUGAUUCAGUGAUUCCCGCAUGGUUUUCCAACCUCACCAGCUUAGUUUAUCUGGACAUGAGUUAUGGUGAGUUUUAUGGUUUCAUCCCUUUGGAGCUCUUUAACCUUCCCAUUUUGAGAUAUGUAGAUCUAUCAAGAAACUACAAUCUCACUGCUGAUUUCUCCAAAUUAAUGGGUACAGGUUGGCCAAGUUUGGAACAUCUUGAUUUGUCUUUUAAUCUGCUCCAUGGAACUUUGCCAGAUUCCAUUGGUAACUUCACAUCAGUCAGGGAACUCAGACUCUUGAAGAACAUGAUAGAAGGAGGUGUUCCAAGCUCCAUUGAGCAUCCUUUGCCUAGUUUGACUCAUCUGGACAUACAAAAAAAUCAGCUUAUUGGAGUUUUACCAGAAUGGUUGGGAAAUCUCAUAAACCUUCAACUUCUUGACCUCAGCUGCAACUUCAUCCAAGGUUCUGUUCCUCCCUCUCUUGGAAAUUUAUCAAAACUAACUGAUUUGAUUCUGAGAGGAAAUAACCUGAUUGGAACUCUUACACCCAAUCUGGGGCAACUCUCCAAGCUGGUUAAUUUCGAUGUCUCCUUGAACCACAUGACAGGAAUACUCACUGAAGCUCACUUUUCAAAACUCAGUGAUCUCAAGUAUUUGUUACUGUCUCAUAAUUCCUUUACUAUCAGCAUAAACUCCAGUUGGCUUCCACCCUUUCAACUUGAAGAGUUAUAUCUUAGUUCUUGUCAGAUAGGUCCACAUGUGCCUUCAUGGCUUCAAAACCAAACAGAACUUGAUAGCUUAGACAUUUCAAACACUGGCAUCUCAGGUAAGAUAACACCAUGGUUUUGGAACUUGACCAAAAACCUCAUUUUGCUAAACAUUUCCUUUAACAAGAUUGAAGGCCAGUUACCAAACCCUCUACUUAUUGGAGGCUUAGCUGAUGUUGAUAUGAGGUCAAACCUCUUAACCGGUCCUUUGCCACGCCUGUCUUCUAUGAUUACUACAUUAGUCCUCUCCAAUAAUCAGUUCUCUGGUCCUACCCCUCCUCAUUUUUUUAACUCAGAGACCAUGGUCUAUGUAUCCCUCUCAAACAACAACUUGUCCGGCCAAAUCCCAUCAUCCAUUGCUGAAAUAAUGUCUCUUGAAGUGCUUGAUUUAUCAAGGAACAAGUUAAAUGGUUCUAUCCCUGAAAGUCUGCAAAAUAUACAGUCCUUGAAAUCUCUGUGGCUGGAAUACAAUUCUCUAUCUGGUCCUAUUCCAAAUUCUCUAGGGAGUUUGCUGCAACUCCAGACAUUGCACCUUAGUAACAACAAGCUAUCAGGAAAAAUCCCACAAUCUUUGCAGAACUGCUCCAGUUUAGAAACUCUUGAUCUUAGAGACAAUAUGCUUCAUGGUGUCAUCCCAACUUGGUUUGCAUGGAGCUUUCCUAAGCUCAGGAUUCUUGGGUUGAAGUCCAACAUGUUUUCUGGCCAGAUUCCACCACAGCUUUCAAACAUGAGUUCCUUGCAGGUCCUUGAUCUUGCAGAUAAUAACUUCCAAGGCCACAUUCCUCUGAGUUUUGGAAACUUCAAAGCCAUGACUAGUUCUCCAAAGAUGAAUCAACACUUGCUCUUUGGAAAUGAUUAUGAAGAGCACUUCUCAAUGCAACUUAGCAGCACUAGUAAUCUACUAGAGUUCACCAAAAUUCUGUCACUUGUAGUGAGCAUUGAUCUAUCCAGAAACAAACUUUCAGGGCAUUUCCCUAAGACUUUGACAAACCUCACUGGGCUUCUUGUCUUAGACCUUUCAGAUAACAGUUUGAGUGGGGAAAUUCCUCAAAACACUGGUGCUCUGCAUGGCCUUCUUUCUCUAGACUUAUCAAACAAUGGUUUCUCUGGAAACAUUCCAUCAAGCAUGUCAAGCAUGAGUUUCAUCAGUCAUCUCAACUUGUCAAACAAUAAUUUCUCUGGAAGUAUACCUUCAGCAGGACAACUUUCAACAUUUGAUAAAUCAUCUUACCUUGGAAAUGAGUUUCUUUGUGGACAUCCACUAGAUGUGGAGUGUUCAAGGGUUAAUGGAAGGAAAGUUCAUGGUGGUGGAGAUGCAUCAGUGGAGAAUAGGUGCUUUCUCUGUGUGGGCUUGGGAUUUGCUGUGUUGUUUUUAAUAAUAGCAUGAUGAAUCUAUUAUAUUCAAAGAAUAUGUAUAUAUAUAUAUAUAUUGUUCAAUACUUAACAUAUAUCAUAUAUAUCAUAUAUAUAUAUAUAUAUAUAGGUCAAUACUAUAUGGCAGUUUAAGUAAGUUUUUAUAAACAUAUAUGUGAGAUUCUUGGCAAAAUCAUUUGGUUUAAGUGGUUAGUGACAUCAAAAUAAAAUGUUCGAUGUGACGUGUAGAGUGGCGAGGGUUUAAAUCCUUAUUGAAUGAAUUAACUCAUGGGUAAUAUUGUAAUCAACUCAUGUGUCAUAGAAACAUGUACUUCUCAUUUUUUUUUAAAAAAAAUAAAAAUGUGGGGUUUUUACUUUUUAA